AUGUGGCUUCCAAGCUUUUCCCGCCUUCUCCACAUCCACGAGCUCCAAGUUUCAAGCUUCCUCAUACCCCUCUCUAUGGCUUCCCCGCACAUUCCUAACCUCAAUACGCUUCGAAGAGGCCGAGGAAGAGGUCGUGGUGCUAGUCGCUCAGUCGAAGAUGGCCACAGUCGCCCAUCUGCUAAAGAUCGCAUCGUACAGGGUACUGAUAAUGACGCCAGCGUCUCCCGACUGAGCGCUGUUGCUCUUGGAUAUAUGGACGACCCCUACGCCACAUCUUUGACGUCCCCGGGAAAUGCGACAAGGAGGCUCCCAAUUAUCAAUAGAGGAACUUAUGUUCGCACUACCGCAAUCGACCAACUCGUUGCUCGCUUCCUCGGCCCAUAUUCACCAAAAUCCAAGCACAAAAAACAAAUAAUCUCUCUGGGGUCUGGAUCAGACACUCGGGUUUUUCGACUUCUUUCUGCGCGCCAACCCUCUGAUCUCAUCUACCACGAACUUGAUUUUCCCGUCAAUACCACUGAAAAGAUUCGUGCGAUCCGGUCAACACCACUUCUACAGCAGGCCUUAGUAAUCAAUUCCCCUGGUGAUGAAGUGACUAUAUCCGAAGCGGGAGAUGGGCUUCAUUCUCCAUCAUACCAUAUUCAUCCGAUUGAUUUACGGUCUCUGUCGUCGAACAGCUCCAUCACAGAAAUACUCCCCGGCGUAGAAAAACAGCUUCCGACUUUGUUGAUUUCAGAGUGUUGUUUGGUGUACCUUUCUCCCUCAGAAGCCGCCCAGGUGGUGACUUUCUUCACAGAGAGUUUACUUGAUUCCACUGUGUCGCUGGGGUUGAUCGUAUAUGAACCGAUUCGUCCUCAUGAUUCAUUCGGUCGAACGAUGGUGUCUAACCUUGCAGCGCGAGGUAUUCAACUUCAAACACUUAAUAAAUACGACUCGCUAGAGGCACAGAGGGCCCGGCUUCUCCAGCAUGGAUUUACCAGCGGCCAAUCUGCGGCUGAUAUCGAUUUUCUCUGGAGGUUCUGGGUGGCCGAGGACGAGAAAGAGCGUGUUGCUAGCCUGGAGAUGUUAGACGAGAUGGAGGAGUGGCAGCUACUUGCGCGUCACUACUGUAUUUCAUGGGGAUGGAGAGAUAUAGAUGCCUCGGCUUUUAGUGGGUGGACCAGCCUAGCUAGUCAGCCUGGUGAAUAA